AUGUUCAUGAAGCCAACAGAGUCAGAGCUGGGAAGGUAUGAAGAAAAGAAGAGAAAGACAGAAGCCAGAGAGAGUAGAGACAUCUCUGAUCCAGAAGGUCCUGAGCAGACUAUUCUUCAUGAGCACAAGGGGGAAUUCACCAUCGGGGCCGCCCUGCCUCGCUCCCUCCCACAGCACGACGGGACCGGGACAAAAGAAGGGCAGGUGCUCCCCGCAGAAAAGCCCUGGGGCGCCCUGCUCUCGGGUCCGCCUCCCGGGCCGCCGAACGAGGGUGACACCCAGCGGGUGGGUUUCCCGCGCCCUCCUGGGGCUCGGAGCCACCACGUGACUUCCACGAAACGCUGGGCCCCAGCGGAAAGCCGCGACAGGGGUGGGAUUUGGGACCCCGAGAGCCCUGAGGAUGAUGACAGGAAGGUCCGAAGGAGAGAAAAAAACCGAGUUGCUGCUCAAAGAAGUCGGAAGAAACAGACCCAGAAGGCUGACAAACUCCACGAGGAAUACGAGUGUCUGGAGCAGGAAAACGCCGUGCUGCGCAGGGAGAUCGGGAAGCUGACGGGGGAGCUGAGGCACCUGAGUGAGGCGCUGAGGGAACAUGAGAAGGCGUGUCCACUGCUGCUCUGCCCCAUGAACUUUGUGCAGGUGCUGCCGGACCCUGUGGCCAGCUGCCUGCCCCGGUGAAGCCAAGGAUGCGCCUCCUCCGUGGAGCGAGGAGCCUUGGUCAUUUUCACACCUGGGAGCAAGGGUUUCUCUCUGCAGCUGUGGCCACACCUCGUCCUAGGAGCUACAGGGCCAGCUGUGGCCUCACAGCCUGGGCUCAGCAUGACACUCUACCAGCCCCCCUGCUUAGUGCCCAGGAGCAGCAGAUACAGCAGGAAGGCCACCCUCUGGAAUCACUUCUUAUCCACUUUGGCAGCUAGUGGUAUAGGGUUAUGCAGGGAGUUAGGAAACCUGAUGGUUGACAACUAUGGCUUGGAUGUUGAUUUUUUUUAAAUUACACUUCGGGCCACGGAUGUUAACAGAAUGACUUGAGACAUAUAGCAGGGUCGUGCUGACCCCAGCCCAGGGAAAGUACAAAUCCCUGUUCUGACCAUCUGAGGCUAAGAACUUUCUCACCUGACAUGUGGGAGGAGUUGAUGACACAUACCACAGUCUUCAGAAAUCAGUGACACAAAACCAGUUUUUCAGGACUGACCUCUCCCCGCUCAUGUCUGCGUACCACAAUAAAUGCUGAAAGUCUUUGUACCAUCAAGGCAGCUGCUUUUUCUUGAGCCUGCCCACCCUUCUGUCUAAGGAUAUACUUUUGCUUUGCUUUCACUUUGCUUUGCAUUAAUA